CAGAGCCACCAUGGCCUGGAAGACCUGGGAGCUGCACCUGCUACUUUUGCUGGGGCUGGGACUAAGGUCCUGGGGGGCCCUACCGCCACCCUGUGAGAGCCAGAUUUACUGCCACGGGGAACUCCUGCACCAAAUUCAGAUGGCCAGGCUCUUUCCAGACGACAAGCAGUUUGUGGACAUGUCGCUCUCCACAGCUCCAGACCAAGUCCUGCAGAGGUUCCGCGAGCUGGCUGAGGCCCACAACCACAGCAUCCCCAGGCAGCAGCUGCAGGAGUUCGUACAGCAACACUUCCAGGCUGUGGGGAAGGAGCUGCAGCCUUGGACCCCUGGGGACUGGAAAGAGAGUCCCCAGUUCCUGCAGAAGAUCUCGGAUGCCAAGCUUCGUGUCUGGGCAUGGCAGCUGAACCAGAUCUGGAAGAAGCUGGGGAAGCAGAUAAAGCCAGAGGUUCUCAGCCAACCUGAACGAUUCUCUUUGAUCUACUCAAAACACCCCUUCAUUGUGCCCGGCGGGCGCUUCGUUGAGUUCUACUACUGGGACUCCUACUGGGUAAUGGAGGGUCUGCUCCUCUCUGAGAUGACGGAGACUGUGAAAGGCAUGCUGCAGAACUUCCUGGACCUGGUGAAAACCUAUGGGCACAUCCCCAAUGGCGGGCGCGUGUACUAUUUGCAACGGAGUCAACCCCCGCUCCUGACCCUCAUGAUGGAUCGCUAUGUGGCUCAUACCAACGACAUCACUUUCCUACGGGAGAACAUCGAGACCCUUGCCUUGGAACUGAACUUCUGGACAGUGAAUAGGACCAUCUCUGUGCACUCAGGGGAAAAGAGCUAUAACCUGAAUCGCUAUUAUGUCCCUUUUGGGGGACCCAGGCCCGAGUCCUACAGCAAAGAUGCUGAGCUGGCAGAGACCCUGCCCGAAGGGGACCGAGAGGCUCUGUGGGCCGAGCUCAAGGCUGGGGCUGAGUCUGGCUGGGACUUCUCUUCUCGCUGGCUGGUUGGAGGCCCAAACCCCGACUCGCUCAGCAGCAUCCGAACCAGCAAAUUGGUGCCUGUUGAUCUGAAUGCCUUCCUGUGCCAGGCAGAGGGGCUGAUGAGCAACUUCUACUCCAGCCUGGGGAACCACUCCCAGGCUGAAAGGUACAGAAACUUGCGGGCCCAGCGCUUGGCCGCCCUCAGUGCCCUCCUGUGGGACGAGCAGAAAGGCGCCUGGUUCGACUACGACACAGAGAAGGGCAAGAACCUGGAGUUUUACCCUUCCAACCUCGCCCCGCUCUGGGCCGGCUGCUUCUCUGACCCUGCCACUGUGGACAAGGCUCUGAAAUACCUGGAGGACAGCCAGGUCCUGACCUACCAGCAUGGGAUUCCGACCUCUCUCCGGAACACAGGCCAGCAGUGGGAUUUCCCCAAUGCCUGGGCCCCCCUGCAGGAUCUGGUCAUCAGAGGCUUGGCCAAGUCCUCUUCGCCUCGGACCCAGGAAGUGGCUUUCCAGCUGGCCCAGAAUUGGAUCCGAACCAACUUUGAUGUCUACUCCCAAAAGUCAGCCAUGUACGAGAAGUAUGACAUCAGCAAUGGUGGACAGCCAGGUGGAGGAGGGGAGUAUGAAGUUCAGGAGGGGUUUGGCUGGACCAAUGGAAUGGCCCUGAUGCUCCUGGACCGCUAUGGUGACCGGCUGACCUCGGGGACCCAGAUGACUCCUCAGGUGCCCCCCUGCCUGGUGGCUGCCCUUAUGUUCCACCUCCUGCUCAGCUUCCUGCCGUGGUGACCAGGGACUAGCAAGGUGGCCUCACCACCUGCCCCUGCCUGCUGCACUUCCUCCUCUGCCCCAUCUCCCAGCCUGCUCUGUUCAGAGUGCAGGGGGCAGAGCAGUGGCCUGGAGGCCAGGUGGUGGGGCUGGGGCCCUUCUGGAACCCUUGAUGGGGUGUUAAUCCUGCAGGGUAAAGAAGACACCGCCCUGCCUCCCGUGUACCCCAGCCCCAUGCCCCGCACAGCCUGUUCUUCCACACACUUACAUAGUCCAAAUGCUU